AUGCCCUUCGACCCCGACCAUCCUCCGGCUAAAAAAUUCAAGCCGGGGUCUGUUUUUUUCCGCCUCGACAAGCAGAAACCUGGCAUGCUGCUGCCUGGGAAGGCAAAAGCGACCACACCAAUUGAUGUCCAAAGGAAACAGCUUCCCAUUUACCAAGCGAGAACUCAGCUCUUGAGUCAACUGAGACAGCUUCACAAUGCUAUUCUCAUCGGGGAGACCGGCUCAGGGAAGACCACCCAGAUACCUCAGUAUCUUUAUGAAGCUGGGAUUGGACGGCAGGGCCUAGUUGCCAUAACUCAGCCUCGCCGAGUAGCUGCAAUCUCACUUGCAGGGAGGGUUGCAGAGGAGAAGAGGACGCAGCUUGGCAAGUUGGUGGGCUACACCGUGCGUUUUGAGGAUGUCACAUCCACAGAAACGAAGCUGAAGUUUAUGACUGAUGGCAUGCUCCUACGGGAGGCUAUUGGUGACCCCUUACUGCUGCGCUACACUGUGGUCAUACUGGAUGAAGCGCACGAACGCACCGUGCAUACAGAUGUGCUGUUCGGAGUUGUUAAGGCAGCUCAGCGCAGGCGUAAAGUACUUGGCAAGAUUCCUCUGAAGGUCAUAGUGAUGUCAGCUACAAUGGAUGUGGACCUGUUCUCUGAAUACUUUAACAACUCACCUGUACUGUACCUGGAAGGCAGGCAGCAUCCCAUUCAGAUCUACUACACCAAGCAAGCUCAAUCUGACUACCUGCAAGCUGCUCUUGUCACUGUGUUCCAGAUACACCAGGAAGCACCUCCAUCACACGACAUAUUGGUGUUCAUGACGGGCCAGGAAGAAAUCGAGGCGCUAGCCAGGACUUGCCGGGACAUUGCCAAGCAUCUGCCGGACAACUGCGGCCCGAUGGUAGUCAUCCCUCUGUACGCAUCGCUGCCUCCGACACAACAGCUCAGGGUUUUUCAAGCAGCACCAAAGGGUUGCAGGAAGGUUAUCUUGUCAACCAACAUAGCAGAGACAUCCGUUACGAUAUCUGGGAUCAAAUAUGUUAUUGAUACUGGGAUGGUGAAGGCCAAACGUUUUAAUCCUGACAGUGGGUUGGAGGUCCUGGCAGUGCAGCGGGUCUCAAAAGCGCAGGCGUGGCAGCGAGCAGGCCGAGCAGGAAGGGAAGACUCAGGAAUUUGCUACCGUCUCUACACAGAGCAGGAAUUUGAUAAUCUCAUUCCUAUGAGUGUGCCUGAGAUUCAGAGGUGUAAUUUAGCCAGUGUGAUGCUACAGCUAAUGGCUCUCGGGAUUCAAGACGUUACAAAUUUUGAUUUCAUGUCCAAACCUUCUCCAGAUGCUAUCCGCUCAGCGAUGGAGCAUUUGGAGCUGCUUGGUGCUGUAGAAAAGAACAAUGGACAGGUUGUCCUUACUCCUUUGGGGAAGAAGAUGUCAAGUUUCCCCUUGGAACCAAGAUUUGCUAAGACAAUCCUGAUGUCCCCCAACUACUCCUGCUCAGAGGAGAUUUUAAGUAUUGUCUCUCUGCUGUCAGUCGACACUGUGCUGUAUAACCCUCCAGCGCGGCGAGAAGAGGUUCUUGCUGUGCGCAAGAAGUUCAUGUCCAGCGAAGGAGAUCACAUGACACUCCUCGCCAUCUAUAGAGCAUUUAAGAAAGUCAGUGGGAACAAGGAGUGGUGUCGGGAGAACUUUGUGAACAGCAGAAACAUGGGUUUAGUGAAAGACGUCCAAAGUCAACUUCGAGAAAUCUGCCUCAAGAUGAACUUGAAGCUAGAGUCAUGUGGAUCAGACACAGGGAAGGUGCGCCAAUGCCUCGCCCACGGGAUGUUCAUCAACGCUGCGGAGCUUCAACCCGACGGCAGUUACUUAGCCCUGGACACCCACCAGUCGGUGGCCAUCCACCCUUCCUCUGUUCUUUUCCAGGCCAAGCCAGCGUAUGUAGUGUUUAAUGAGCUGCUGCACACCUCGCGCUGCUACAUGAGGGACUUGUGUCUGGUGGAUGCGGAUUGGCUGCUUGAGGCAGCACCGGAGUACUUUGGUCGCAAACUGCGUCCUGUUAAGAGCUAA